AUGGCGCACAUGUUAGAAGCGCGCUUGAUGUCGCGUAACCCAUCGGCUUCAAGUCUUCCAGCAACAGUGCGGAGUACAAGUCGUCGCAAGACCUCAAUUGGUGGACCAUCUACAAAUGGCAGUACAAUGUCCAGUACACCACGUAGUCGACGACCAUCGCUAUCACGUGGGAUGUCAAAUGGCAGUGGUUUUAACGUGACUGCAAGCUUUGGAAUGGCAACACCACGAAAUGGGAAAAGCAGAGGACGGACCAAGUUACGAUCAACUACCAAUGCCCUGUCCGCUCCUAAUUUAAUUGAUCUCAAGACGAUUACGGCUGAAGAAGUGGAAUGGGAAGGGUAUUUGUACAAACAACGUAAGCUAGUCAAGAGCUGGACACCACGUUAUAUUACACUACAGAAUCGUACUGUCUCGGUCUACAAGUCGAAGAAUCAUGCACUGGCAAAGGUGCAACAUCGUGGUCGUUGGAUUAUUAAACAAAUUCUGAGCUCUUUACCGUCUGCAGGUUUUGGCGGUUCGAAACUUAAACCUGAAGAAUUGGGGUUUAGUUUUCUUGCAACGAAUGGAAAUUUGAUUCAUUUUAUUGCAGCAUCGGCUGUAGAAAAAGCCAUGUGGAUGCACAUGAUGCAACUCAGUCUACGCACUUCUACAGCGAAAGAAGCACCAUUAUCGUCCCAUCAAGCACGAACACGUAGUGACGUGCCUUUAACGCCUACAACGCGCUCAGCUGACGACGUUGUGUCGUUGGAAUCAUCAAUUACAACGCAUCUUGCAAAAAAGUUCUUGGCUGAUCUAGUGCAUCUAUUGACAGGAUCAUCGCCUGAGAAAGUCAUUGAUUGCUUGCCACCAUUCUUGCGUCAACUGAGCAAGGAUGUAGAGCUCUUGUUUGAUCUAGAAACGUGUGAAACGACGCAACCGUCGUGCGUGUUCAAGGGCAUUUACCACGGACGCGAAGGAUUUGUGCACUUUGCUGCGCUCUAUGCGAGUAAAUACAUACUUGCGAUGGAUAUCAACGAGAGUGCUGUUCAUAAGGCAGAUGACGAUGAUCAUCACGCAUUUGUCUGUUUAGGACAUCGUCUGAUCAAUACGGUAUCUGGAUCAACGACGGAAGGCAAAUUUGGACUACAAAUCACAUUUACGCCAGCGCGCCGUAUCUCUCGCGUGGUGCUUUCAUUCCGUCAACGCAGCACUUCUCGGCCAAAAGCUCGUCGAGUGACGACCAAUCCCAUGACGAUUGCGGAGCAUGCGGCUUGCUUUCACCAGUACUGCCUCACGAAACGCUCACUGGCUCUAUCGUUUUCAGACUUUGAUGUGGUUGGCGUGUUGGGACAAGGUGGCUUUGGUACGGUUGUGCUUGUGCAACGUCACCUUAACCCAGACGAGUACUUUGCCAUCAAGAUUAUCGACAAGCAGUCUGGCGCUGAAAGCGCGCUGAAGGAACGUCGCAUACUGUCUGGCGUCCGCCAUCCGUUCUUGACGUGCUUGCGUUUUGCUUUUCAGACGCAGACAAAGUUGUAUCUUGGUAUGGAUUACUACAAGGGAGGAAACCUGUAUUUGCACAUGCACUCGUCUAAAAUGGAUCCGAACGUUUCGACAAGCAGUGGCCGACGCUUUUCUGUGGAGCGUGCUCGCUUUUACGCUGCUGAGCUUGCGAUUGCACUGUCGUAUUUGCACGCCCACGGUAGCACUCCGUUCUUCGACUCAAACAUUUCGCAAAUGUACAAGAAGAUUCAGACUGCUGAUGUGAAGUACGAGAGAUAUCCACCAAUUGACGAAGAUGCCAUUGAUUUGCUGAAGAAGCUGUUGGUUCGUGAUCCCGCAGAGCGCGUUAAUAUCGAUGGUGUGCGUUCACACCCGUUCUUUGCAUCAAUUAAUUGGGAACGAUUGGAGUUAAAAGAAGUGGAACCGCCUUUUAUUCCGCCUACAGAAGAGUUGAUGCAGAAUGUGCAUGAACACUUCCGCAAUAUGAAUGUGACCGACACGAUCGGCGAGAACCCUAAGGCUGUGAAUGGAAGGAAGGCAUCUACGGUUGCAAACGAUAACGAUGGGUCGCACUUCGAUGAGUUUAGCUUUGCGUACGACAAGCCUCGCGAUACGUUUGACAAUCUGUCCAUGGCAGACGAAGGAUGGUUGGUGCGACAGCUACAAGAAGGUGCAGCAAUGCGCGGGCGACUGAACGCCUGCGAUACCGACCCCGUCGGGGAAGAACUGGGCAGCGAAGACGAAAUCGCGCAUCCGAUUAUGAAUGGUCAGGACAGCAGCGAAAGCGAUGAGCCGGAGACUGAAGUUACCAGCAUCUAA